AUGAUCGACGAUCAUGGAUCAAUGACUGUUAAAAAGAUGACUACCAUUGAUGACCUAGCAUCUGAUUUUAACAAUUACAACACGUCAUUGUUGUCGUCAAAACCUCUGAAUUUAUUGAAAUCAUCAAUGAAUUGGCUUAAAUUACCUGCUGAAACUGGUCUAUUUCAAAUAGAUGAAUUAAAACACUCAGAUGGAUUUCUAAUAUUAGCUGAGAAGGUGUUAAAAAAAUGUGAAAAUUAUAUACAAGAAUGUUUAUCAAAUGAACGUCAGCGAAAACUAGUUCAGAUAUUAGAUGAUAUUUCUGAUGAAAUUUGUCGUGUUGCUGAUUUGGCUGAAUUCGUUCGUCAUAUUAAUUAUGAUCAAAAAUACAAACAGAAAGCAGAACAAGCUUAUUUAUUACUACAUGGCGUAGUUCAACAAAUGAAUACAAAUGUUCAGUUGUAUAACAGAGCUAAAGAAACGUUGAUCACUGACGUUGAGUCAUUAGAUGAUACUGACAAGAGAAUAUUAAAUUUAUUUUUACAAGAUUUUGAACGUUGUGGAAUUCAAUUAUCUGAUAUUGAACGUCAACAAUAUAUUGAACUCAACGACGAUAUUCAACAUAUAAUUAUUGCAUUUAGAAAUAAUGCACAUAAAGAAUUCAAUGUCAGUUUAAAACAAUUACCACAAAAGGUAAGAACGAGAUUUGAUCAAAGUUCUAGUUCUUUUGUGAUCUCGUCUGGAAUAUCUAACGAUGAUGAUGAAUUUGUUCGAGAAUUUUAUUACAGAACAUAUUUUAGUAAAGAUAAUGAACAAGAACAAAAUCUCGAUCAGUUGUUGAGAAAACGAUAUGAACUAGCCAAAUUGUGUGGUUUUCCGUCCUACGGUCAUCGUGCGAUUGAAAAUAUGUUAUUGUCAGAUCCUCAUACCAUUGAGAAUUAUUUAGAACUUAUCAUGGAAAAAAUUCGUCCAUAUGCUGAUUCAGACAUUGCAUUAAUGAAAAAAUUUAAAGAAAUAAUGGGUUCUCAACAACCUGUUAUGCCGUGGGAUGUAAAUUAUUUAGAAUCACAUUUCAAACAUCAUCUAUUAAAGUUGGACAGUAAUGAAUAUAAACAGUUUUUUUCACUAGGAUCGUGUAUGGAUGGAUUAAAUUUAAUUUUUAAUAGUCUUUUCAAUGUUAAUUUAAAGAAAGUUCCAACAUUAAACGGUGAAAUUUGGCAUCCAUCCGUUAUCAAGUUGUCUGUCACACAUCCAACAGAUGGAAUUAUAGGCUAUAUUUACUGUGAUCUUUUUCAGCGUGAUGAUAAAACACCAAUUGAUUGCCAAUUUACAAUUCGUUGUGGACGACGUUUAUCCGAUGAUUCUUAUCAAAUACCUAUUACUGUUAUUCAUUUAAAUUUACCCUCAAGUGACGAUAAAAAUAUUCCUCCACUCAUAACAUUAUCAAUGGUUGAUAAUCUAUUCCAUGAAUUUGGACAUGCAAUGCAUUCGGUGCUUGCACGAACAAAAUAUCAACACGUUUCGGGCACUCGAUGUUCAACUGAUUUUGCUGAAGUACCAUCUCAAUGGAUGGAGUAUUUUGUUUAUGAACCUCGUGUUGUUGAAAAGUUUGCCAAACAUUAUGAAACAGGAAAAACAAUUUCAUACGAUUUGUUAAAGCGAUUAGCUAUCGGACAUAAAUGUUUUCAAGCGCAUAAAAUACAGACACAGACACUAUGCUCGAUGUUUGAUAAUUCAUUUCACAAAUCCUAUCCAUUAUCUCAACCACCAGUCAAAAUCUAUUCAGAUCUCGUCAAAAAAUACUCCACAUUACCUUACAUUCCUGAAACGUAUCCAUAUUUAAAAUUCUAUCAUUUAGUUGAUUAUGGUGCUAGAUUUUCUUCAUAUAUCAUCUCGAAAUCUGUUGUGAGUAAAAUAUGGUAUGACUAUUUUGCGAAUGAUCCUCUAUCAUCAACGUCCGGCGAAAGAUUGAAAAAUGAGCUUUUGUCAUGGGGUGGUGAAAAAAAUCCACAAGAAUUAGUGACAAAAAUGUUCGAUAAGAAAAAACUUUCGAUUCACGAUAUGACAAAUGCAAUUGUAGAUGAAAUAAAACAGUGUGAAAAGGAGAGAAAUCAAUUUCUUUCCCAAAUUUAG